ACGUAAUUAUACUCCUCCAAACUUUAACAUGGAACUUUUUCAACCGUUAACGCCAAUCAACACUACAGAAACUACACAUAAUCUUAAUUUUGUUUUAUCAUACACAGAUUUGGCUCCUGAUGGUUAUACACGAAAAGUUUGGACAGUAAAUGACUCGACUACAAUCCAUUGGCACGGAAUAUUUCAAGAGGGAUCUAAUUGGUAUGACGGAGUUGGAGG